AUGGAAAUUGCAAAGAAUUCACUAGCAAUUGCUUUUCUAAUUGCCUUAGCUGUAACAAUCCCUCUAUCCCUUGCUCAAAACACCCCACAAGACUACCUGGAUGCUCACAACAAUGCUCGUGCACAGGUAGGUGUUGGAAAUAUGAGAUGGGACAAUAACGUAGCAGCUUAUGCAAGAAACUAUGUGAAUCGGCUCAGGGGUGAUUGCAAACUUGUGCAUUCUGGUGGGCCUUAUGGUGAGAACCUUGCAGGGAGUAGUGCUGACCUCACAGGCAGAGCUGCCGUGAAAAUGUGGGUUGACGAGAAGCCAAAGUACAAUUACAACUCCAAUUCUUGCGUUGGUGGAGAAUGCAGGCAUUAUACUCAGGUGGUUUGGCGCAGCUCAGUUCGUUUAGGUUGUGCAAAAGCAAGGUGCAAUAAUGGGGGCACAGUCAUCAGUUGCAACUAUGAUCCCCGUGGCAACUAUGUUAACCAGCGUCCUUACUAG